AUGGCCACCCGCUUCGCACCGUCCGGCCACCGCCACCGCGACGAUGACGGCGACGACCACUAUGGCGCUGAUGUGCUCCCCCCUCACCUCGCUGCUCUGGACGAUGACGACCUCAACACCCAGGGCGGCAAGAAGCGCAAAGUGCCCGUCCCAUUGAUCCCUGGGUCAGUGGACGACGCCGAUACCGGCCGCGACGGUGCGGACCGUAACCCCCCACGCUCUGCGCGCGAGGACACGGACACGCCAGGCAUAUCGCCGUACUCUGUCUGUCGAGUUGUUCGAACUCCCGCUUCUCGACUGGCAGCUCAGAGGCGUGCGCUCUUCCACAAACGCAAGGCAGGGCUCGUUGCGCUCUAUCUGGACGCCCAGGGCGCUGUCGAUUCGUCCGCCGCACAACUCGCUGCCCUCCGCAGCCGAAGCAGCGGCGGUGCACCGGGCGCUGCUCCAACCACUGCAAGCGGUACGUCGACGUCUACUGCAAGCUCGAGCCGACCCUCGCUCCCGGACGUGAGCACAUUUGAGCGCCUCCUCCCCGCCCUAGAGGACGUGGGCGUUUGGGCCCCCGAUGCCCCUGGCUGGCGCGAGGGCGACGACGCAGCCCAGCCCGUUCCCCGGCGGUCGUUGGAACGCUGGCGUACUGGUUUUGCAACCCGCAAGCGUGUCCGCAUGGAGCGCGUCCCCGUCGUCCGUGGCGGGUGGGCACCAGAGGGUAGCUUUGAACUCGAGGUGCCGACCGAAGCCUCUGUCCGAGCCAGAGCCCGCGCGCGUGAGCGUGUUGCCCUCGCCCGACUUGCAGAGCAGCUCCGCGCGCUGGUCCUCGCAGCCAACAAGCUCCCGACAGCGCAGGACGCCAGCCCAGCGGGUACACCGCCGCCGACGCUUUCGGCCGCCGACUUGCCUCCAGCGCCACCCGUCCCGGUUGCUACCAAGAAGAGCAAGAAGAAGAAGAAGAAGCGUACCACCCUUGCCAACGAAGGCAACCCGCACCAUGUUGACAAGUACCGCCCGUCACGCCCCGUCCCCGUCGCAGACCCGUACGAGCCGUGGCCGCACCACGCGUCGCUCCUCUUCCCGCCCCCCAUGCGUGUCCUCGCUGCUCGCCCCGGAGGCAAAGACGUUCGCCCUGGUGAAGACGAGUAUAUCUGCUUUUCGUGCCAAUACGCGCUCAGCUACGGUCCCGAGGCACUGCGCAAGCACGCCAUCAAGCAGCGUAAAGCCGAGCUGAAGCGGGUUGAAAAGCUCCGCGCGAGGGCAUUCGGCAACACGCACGGCAACCGGCCGCGGGCCCGUCCCCAUUCCCACUCUGGGGACGGGAGUGGGUCCGAGGACGAUGACGAGGAGUAUGACGACGACGACGACGGGUGUGGAGACGACGACGACGGUGCAGGGAGGUGUACGUGUGGCAGGGCGCUGCGCAAGCCUCACAUCGAAGACGAGGCAGAGCCCCCGGACAAGCCACCUUAG